GCAUUAUUGAUCUGAAGGGUAAAUGUGGAGGGAGCCACAGAGAGGGUCCAAGUGUUUCUGAGAAGAGAAGCUGCCUCUUCCAGGAACAAAGUGGUGUCUGCUGGCUGCCUGGCCUGGGAACCUUCUGCGAAUUAAAGGGGACAAAAUGCGCGUUCGUGGCUUGCUACAGUGAUUUACAAAAGGGAAGAGAGAUAGAGGCAGAGGGAGAAGUCGCACCUUGGAGCAAGGCUGCGUUGUUGCAUCCCGCUGCUGCCCUUCCAGUGGCUGUUCCUGCAGCUGCAUCUGCUCUCAGCCAUCAGCAUACAUGGAGGAAUAGACAACAUUCCCCACUCCUGCCUGAGGAAUCAUUGAAGAUCAAUGAGUGAUGAGAGGAGAGUCACUUUUCUUUGAUGGUAGAGUCCCCACUGAUCAGUUACGUGACUAGUCCAUUGUUGUGGGGAUUGUAAUCAAGUUGGAACUUAAUAGAAGUCUGGAGUACCGAGAGGAUGUUAACCUUUGUAAAGACAGCGAGGAUUUUGGCAUAAACAGAGGCAAAGGAGCACAGCACGCUGCCACUCUGUGGGUGUUGAUUGAAAACUUCGAUCUCACUACCGUUUCACGGUUGAUCUGACGGAUUUCUCACUUGAUCACUGAGAGUAUUUCAAUUAAGGUCUCUUUAGAUGGAAUGUAAUAGAGCAGAGGCCUCCAGAGCAUCAAUGUGUGAAUUACAGUCGAUCCAGUAAAACGGCAAGCUCAGUGGUCACAGCCAUAGACACCUCAACCCUGGAUUCCACGACUCUACAUUAAGCAUUGGAGUAUUUAUUACUCUACUGUGGGAGAAAGUUUUUGCCAAUGCUUACAAGGAACUCUUUAUGCCUAUUUCUGUGGAUCCUGUUUGAUGGAGGUCUCCUAACCCCACUUCAGCCACAGCCACAACAGACUUUAGCUGCAGAACCAAAAGAAAAUGUUAUCCACCUUCCAGGGAGACGAUCCCAUUUCCAACGGGUUAAACGUGGCUGGGUAUGGAAUCAGUUCUUUGUGCUGGAAGAAUACAUGGGCUCCGAACCUCAAUAUGUGGGAAAGCUGCAUUCUGACUUGGACAAAGGAGAGGGCACUGUUAAAUACACGCUCUCUGGAGAUGGUGCUGGCACUGUUUUUACAAUUGAUGAAACCACAGGCGACAUUCAUGCAAUAAGAAGUCUGGACAGAGAAGAAAAACCUUUCUACACACUUCGUGCUCAGGCAGUGGACAUAGAAACCAGAAAGCCCUUGGAGCCUGAAUCCGAGUUCAUCAUUAAAGUUCAGGAUAUCAAUGAUAAUGAGCCCAAGUUUUUGGAUGGACCUUAUGUCGCUAGUGUUCCAGAAAUGUCUCCUGUGGGUGCCUAUGUGCUCCAGGUCAAGGCCACAGAUGCAGAUGACCCCACCUAUGGGAACAGCGCCAGAGUCGUUUACAGCAUUCUUCAGGGUCAACCUUAUUUCUCUAUUGAUCCCAAGACAGGUGUUAUUAGAACAGCAUUGCCAAACAUGGACAGAGAAGUCAAAGAGCAGUACCAGGUCCUCAUUCAAGCAAAGGACAUGGGAGGACAACUCGGUGGCCUAGCUGGAACAACAAUUGUCAAUAUCACCCUCACUGACGUCAAUGACAAUCCACCUCGAUUCCCCAAAAGCAUCUUCCACCUGAAAGUCCCAGAGUCUUCUCCUAUUGGCUCAGCAAUCGGAAGAAUAAGAGCAGUAGAUCCUGAUUUUGGAAAAAAUGCAGAAAUUGAAUACAACAUUGUUCCUGGAGAUGGGGGAAAUUUGUUUGACAUUGUCACAGAUGAGGAUACACAAGAAGGAAUCAUCAAAUUGAAAAAGCCUUUGGAUUUUGAAACAAAGAAGGCAUAUACCUUCAAAGUAGAGGCCUCCAACCUCCACCUCGACCACCGAUUUCACUCUGCUGGCCCCUUCAAAGACACUGCUACAGUCAAAAUCAGCGUGCUGGAUGUGGAUGAGCCCCCAGUAUUCAGCAAGCCGCUUUACACCAUGGAGGUUUAUGAAGACACUCCUGUGGGGACCAUCAUCGGGGCUGUCACAGCCCAAGACCUAGAUGUGGGCAGUAGUGCUGUCAGGUACUUCAUAGAUUGGAAGAGUGAUGGAGACAGCUACUUUACAAUAGAUGGAACUGAAGGAACCAUCGCCACGAAUGAAUUACUAGACAGAGAGAGCACUGCACAGUAUAAUUUCUCUAUAAUUGCAAGUAAAGUUAGUAACCCAUUAUUAACCAGCAAAAUCAACAUACUGAUUAAUGUCCUCGAUGUCAAUGAAUUUCCUCCAGAAAUAUCUGUGCCAUAUGAGACAGCCGUAUGUGAAAAUGCCAAACCAGGACAGAUAAUUCAGGUAGUAAGUGCUGCAGACCGCGAUCUUUCACCUGCUGGGCAGCAAUUCUCCUUUAGAUUAUCACCAGAGGCUGCCAUCAAACCAAAUUUCACAGUUCAUGACUUCAGAAACAACACAGCUGGAAUUGAAACCCGGAGAAAUGGAUACAGCCGCAGGCAGCAAGAGUUGUAUUUCCUUCCUGUUGUCAUAGAAGACAGCAGUUACCCUGUCCAGAGCAGCACGAACACAAUGACUAUUCGAGUUUGUAGAUGUGACUCUGAUGGGACCAUCCUGUCUUGCAAUGUGGAGGCAAUUUUUCUACCUGUAGGACUAAGCACUGGAGCUUUAAUUGCAAUACUACUAUGCAUUGUUAUACUCUUAGCUAUAGUUGUACUGUAUGUAGCAUUGAGAAGGCAGAGGAAGAAAGACACCUUGAUGACAUCUAAGGAAGACAUCAGAGACAAUGUCAUCCAUUAUGAUGAUGAAGGAGGUGGAGAAGAAGAUACCCAGGCUUUUGACAUUGGAGCUCUGAGAAAUCCCAAAGUGAUUGAAGAGAACAAAAUUCGCAGGGAUAUAAAACCAGAUUCCCUCUGUUUCCCUCGUCAGAGACCACACGUGGAAGACAACACAGACAUAAGGGAUUUUAUUCACCAAAGGCUACAGGAAAAUGAUGCGGAUCCAGCUGCCCCACCAUAUGAUUCCUUGGCCACUUAUGCAUAUGAGGGAAAUGGGUCAGUGGCAGAGUCCCUCAGCUCCAUAGACUCUCUCACCACAGAGGCAGACCAGGACUAUGACUAUCUCACAGACUGGGGGCCCCGCUUUAAAGUCUUGGCAGACAUGUUUGGAGAAGAAGAGAGUCACAAUCCCGAUAAUGUUACCUAGGGUAGAAGAAAAGGCUGAUACAUAUCUAGUGAAGAAAAUUUUAACAAAAGUAUCAGAAAUAAAACAUACAUACACACACAUGCACAAAUAUACACGCACACACACACACACACACACACACACACACACAUACACACACACAAAGAAACCACAAACACACACAUGCUCCCAGAUUUUACAGGACAGGACAAGCUUCCUUUGAUUACCCAGUUUCUAGCAAUCUGUUCUAUUUAUCAUAUUAUCAUUUUGGGUUACUCUGCUGACUCAAAGUAAAUCCUAUAAUAUGUACUUGCUUCGUUUUGUUUUGUUAUUUCAGGAACACACUGAGCUGAGCUCAGGCAUAUUAAAUGCAAUUCAGUGACAUGACAACCUAGAAUGAAGAUAGCUAUGUGGCAUCACAGUGGAAGAGUGUGAGAUUUUUCUUAAUUCCACUAAAGUGCCUAUUGAAACUCUUAUCGUUUAACGUGGUGUACACAACACUCUGCUGUGAUGGCUUUGCAGGAUUCCAAGAUAAAGAGGAAAGAAGCUGAUGGUGUCUCUCUAUCAAGGAGCAAUUGCGACAUGCCAACUCUCAGUCCUUUCAAGAACAAAGAAGAAUAGCUCCCAAACUCCAUCAUUUUAGAAGGCAAAGAUUUUUCUUUUGUAAAUUGUAAACUGAAAAUAAUUUGUUUUUCCUAUUCUUUCAGAAACUGGAAUAAAUGAGACAUUAUGAAAUUAAAUAUGUACGUCAUGAAUUCUAAGAGCAGUGCUUAGACCAUAAUAUUAGUUCAUGUAGAAGUUGUUAAUUAAACUGUUAGCUUUUCCAAAAACUAAAAUUAUAUACAGGAAAUAAAAAGGAUCCCUCUGUAUGAAGAGAUGCCUCAGGGCUUAAAUUCCAGCUUCAAAUAAACAUUGGUUUGUUUAAUUCUACACUGCUUUGUGGAAACUGGUUUUAAAAAGUCAACAAAUCAUUUAAGUUUUCAGGAAGAGAUAAAUAUUCAGAUGUGUUUCUAGUGAAAGUUCUGAAAGGAAAAUAUACUCCUAAUGUAAACAUGAGAAAAAGUCAACAUUCAGGCUCUUAGCAUUUAUGUCAGUGGUACUUCAAUGAAUGAUUCAAACAAAAUACAUAUCAAAUAGUGUGAUUUAUAACGAGUAUGAACGUUUAUUCUGUAGUAUUGAACAAAUGUAAGUCAGGGACUUCAGAAAAUAAAACCAAUGACUAAAUCCCAAAGGGAGCAAAACUUCAAUGCCAGGCAGCUGAAUCACUUGCUCAAGUGAUGUGGAUUUAACUUUGUCGACUCAGUUAUAAUAUUGGCUCAGAGUUACCUCCUCACUAUCUUAUCUACAAAAAAUCCUAAUGUAAAUUACUCUUUAUAAUUCUUCAUAUAGAACUUUUAAAUGUCUGAGAAAUGGUAGAAUUUAUGACUACAUUAGUAAACAUGGCUCAAAUCAAUUUCACACGGGUUAUACAUUAUUCAGAAAUUCACGGUACAACAAAUGCAAACUGAACAUAGUGUAACACCUGUUCUAAACAAUGUAUUUGUAACAACUGAGAACUUCUACCUACAAUAUAUGUAGGGAAAAUUAAAGGUACUUAAAGAGCCAUGAAUAAGAUAUGGUUAAUCUAGUUUUAUUAUAAAAUAUCUGUGAAUUUCAUUAUUAUUUGGGGGCUAUGAAUAUCAAAUGUCACACUAUGGAAUCUUGGAAAUUUAAAGAAUGAACAAUUUAAUUUCAGUCUUAUUUUCAAAUGCAUAUUUUUAUGGUAUAGAGAAAUGUUCAUUUUUCUCUAUUUACCAUAGUUUUUAGACUCUUUUUAUCCAUUUUAGAAUGGAAUUUAGCUUUUAUCAGUCAGCAUAUCAUUCUACUAUUGUUCCAGUUUUCAUGUAACAAAUAUUUACAGUAUUUUACAAUGAAGAAAAGCAACUGUUUUAUAGGUCUUACAUUACCAUAGUAGAGAAGGAAAAAAAACUAAUAUGACUUUUCUUAUUUCACUAUGUGUAGAGAUUGUCUUCUUGAAGAAGGUUAAUAUGCAAGACCACAUCCCAUUAAGACUUGAUUCUUAUCAAAUGUUGUUUCAUAUAGUAAUUUCACAGGAAAUAUAACUGCCUUUUCAUGAAGUUGCUAAGCAGUACCCAUGAUGACAUGAAAAUCUGAGAGACAGAUUGUUUUCAAUCACAUGACUGAGAAGAUAUGAAAAUAUGCAGCGUUUAGCUCUUAAUUUUCAUCACACAUAUAGCUCCAAAUAUCUUUGUCAUUUUCUACAUUGCUUCAUUUGUUUUCUAGGAUGAACACAGCAAACUACUACUUGCAAAGUGUCUGUAAACAGCGAGUUGAUUUCCUCAGCUCUGACAGAUGAUUUCCCCUCGGCAUAUUCUCCUGGUCUUUGAGAGGACCUCUUUUAUCUUCCCUUUUUUCCCCUUCCCAAUGUAGUUUGAUCUCUUAGCUUGUUUCAGUUUCUUUUUUUGUAACUCAACAUUCUUAUCAGAACAACAUCUAGCCACAGGACCUCUUUUUACCUGGUUUACCUUAUUAAAGGCCUUAUUACCAAAUCCUACACAGUCUAAAAAAUUUGGGUUGGUACUUCAGCAUGUGGGGUCAUCCAAUCCCAAUCUGAAGAUUGUUAACAAUAUUUAAUUUCUAAACUGCAUUUGAUUUGCAAUAACCAAUGAUAAUAACAUAAAAAUAAGCUUAAACGUAAUGAUCAAAUUAAUAUAUGAUGUGGAAAAGAGAUCUUUUGGUGCUUACAAUUAGAGGGAUUAUAAUAACUUUUAGGCUAUUGAAAGGACUAAGCCUAAUAUUUCAAUACCUGAAAUACUUUUUUAUUCAGGCAAAUAGGUGUUGUUUUCAUUCAUGCAUUAAGCAAUAUAAAAGUGUUAAAAUUUAUAUGAAUGAUUUUAGUGAUAAAAAACACAAUUUUGUUAUUGGCUUGCAUGACUCUCCUUAUGGAUCUACAUAUGUACAUAUAUAUAACUUAUGUGUUGCCCUUAAUGCUAUUCAAAGAAGUGUACAAUGAAUUUACAAAAGUGAAACAGUAGUGUUGAUGUACUAGAAACCAAUCUGUGUGCUUUGAACCAUACUCAUUCUUUGACUCAAAAGGUCCUAUGGAUCAAAUUCCUUGGCCUCCAGUGUUUUAUUAUCUUUAGUAAAACUAAUUUGCUAUAUUCAGUGUCAUGAAAAAUUAAUCUGAAAAAUUCUAAUCCUUAAAUUACAGUAAUUAUUGUAUGAAGUAUAGAAAAUACUUUACCUACAGACUAACAUAAUUUGAAGACUCAUGGAUACUUGAAGUCAUUAUACAUAGAAAGAUAAUUUGAAUCAUGAAGAGAUUUGAUUGAUCAUUCAUCAGAACUCACUAGUUCCACGUCAGAGAACCACACAGUUAUUCCUGAUGGGUAUAUGAAGUUGUUCUGUGAAAUCAAAAUGUAGAAGAAUGUACAGGAAGAGAGCAAAAGCAUUAUAACAUGAUGAUAACACAGAUACUGAAGAAGGGAUGUUCUCUUUCCCUAAAAAUUAUGCAAAAAUGUCAGUACCACUAGGAAAUCUGAGUUUGUUAUGCAAUGCCAUGAUGCUUGCGAUUUCCACAAGCACUGCAUUCCACCCUAAGAAUCAGAGACAUAGCAAACAAUAAAAAGUUAACAACAACAAUAAUAAUAACUUCAAAGCUUAUGUAAAUAUGAAAACAUUGUAUUUUAGUGGAUUCAGUACAUUUCUAAAAGUAGGGGUGGUUUAAAUUAGCAUUAUAUUACUAGCAAAAAGAUGGAUUAUGAAAGAGAAUUCUUUCACAUAAGAUCCUUUGCUUAAUAAUUUUUCCCCUUAUCCUCUAAAAGGUGGUAGCUGGGAUGGCUAUGCAAAACUUAUUUGGAACCAUUUUUUUUCAUCAUCAUGUUAAAAAGUGGUUUAGAGGAAGGAGAAAUUGCUAUACUUUAAGAGAACUUGCUGCUCUUCAGGAGAACCUGUGUUCCAUUCCUAGCACCGUAAUCAGGGUGGCACACGACUUUCAUUAACUGCCUUACCUGGGGAUUCAAUACCCAUUUCUGGGUUUGAAAUGUGCCACACACCCCCAGAGAUGCUUGUAAAUUAAUAUACACAUAUACACAUGACUAACGUAUAUUUGGAAAGGGUAUUUUGUAUCAUAUUCUACCAUUAACUCACUAGGUAAAACAGAAGGAUGCCUGUAUCCAUCAAUCAUCAAACAGGACAUAGUAUUUUGUAUGAGGAUGCUCUUUGAUUUCCUACUCUUAGUGAUAAGAAAUUACAAGUCUCUAUGCAUUUGCUGUCAUUCUCAUGACUGCAUACUUUCUUCCCCUUUCAGUAUGGAGCUUUGAAAUCUGUGAUUCUGUGAGAUUUCCCUUUGUUCAUGCUGGUGGAUUCUUAAGUUUUAUUUAGUUGUAAUUUUAAUACUUUUUUUGUGUAUUCUUUGUUUAGUAGUAAGUUGCAUUAUCUUUUAAAUUUGACUUUCCACUAUAUAUUUCAUCCUAGGUCAUGAUUGUGAUCUCAUUUAUAUCUUCUAGAUGUAACCACCUUAUUCACAGGGAUUUUCUGUUUAAUUACAGAGUUUCUUAUGGUAAUUAUUUUAAUUAUAGCUCUCUAUAACAAUUAUAUAUUCACUUUUCUCCCUGAGUUGGAUGCAAAGUCAUAGUAUAGGGAAGGAAACUGUAUUGUCGUAGACACUCCUUUAGACAUACUCACUCCACCCUCAUUCCUCAUUACAAUUUUUUCCUACUUAAAGUAUAUAGAUUCUGACAAAUUUUAGUGUCAUUUGACAAGCUACACCUUGGACCAGAGGUUUCACUGAUUUGCCAAUGUAAAAAUUCUUCAUUGAGAUCCACACAUAAUCCCAUUGUUGAAUCAUUACCCUUCAACUCAUAUACCCCAUAUACUGACUGCUACAUGGACUAUGUGACACCUGGUUUAGUACAGACAUAAAAACAUUGAUAUAGACACAUCCAUGUGUGUGUAAUAUAAAAAUAAUAUGAAAAAAUGAUUUAUGAAAACCUUUUCCAUUAUCAUUUAAAUUUUUGUAAUCUUUCUUAGUGUAGAGCGACACAAAAAUAUAAACAAAAUCUGUAAAAUAUAUUCUGAGAAAUUUAGCUGUUAUAUUCACUGUAAUGAACAACUACAUUGAACAAAUUUUUCCUAUUAAUUUAUGUAUGCAUAAUACAUAUAAAAAUGACUGCAUGUUAGCUGAUAUUUCCAAUUAGUCUUGUGAAAUGCCUCUGAAUUUCUUCACUGGAUUUCUCACAAUUUCUAGUGAUACGGAUUUUUCAACAAUCAAUCUAAUUGAAAAGUUUAUUCAAAGAUUUUUUUAAUUUAGCCAGACUUUUAACUUUAUUCACAUUUAUAGUUUUAUGAAAAUUGAGAAAUAAUAAAAGAAAAUCCAAGAAGCUUGAGUAAAAAUUAGCAAAUAAUAAAUAAGGUAUUUAAACCCUUUGAUUAUGAAGAUUUGAAUUUAUAUAAUUUCAAUAUCCAUUUUGGGACUCUUCCCAUGAUUAUCUUCCAAUGUUCAAGCUAGUGUUUAUUAUAUUUUACUUACAAAUGUAAUUAACAAUGGGACACUGGUAGUUCUGGGUCAUAUUACAGCUUACCAUUAAACUUCAUUAAGAAAAUUCCCCAUACACCAUGAGUUCUUUUGUUGAUAUCUUGCACAUAUUCAAUGUGUGAAAUACAUAUUAUAGGAAUAAGUAGUUGAAAAGAUGCAUCUCCAUAUUACUGACAGUUUGUAUAUUAGAAAUGAUAUCACAAAUCAUCUCAUUAAGCAUCAGUAUCAACAAUAUAACAAUGGCUUUAACUUUGCAAACAAUCUUAUUCCACUUAUUUUUAUUUCUCGUUUUCAACCUCCCAAAGUCCAGCAUUAUCAGUGGCCUCACCCUCCCUAAAUGUGCAAUUUCCAUAGCAAUUUUCCUACCUGGUAUUUUUCCUAAUUGGUGAUCACUAAAGAAAUUAUGAGUAUUGUUUGAAAACUUGAAUAUGUUGUUACCAAUAUGAUCUGAGACAAUAUUCUUUAUUGGCUGCUACCUCAAUUUAUUAAAGUGAUUAUUUUAAUCA